CGUAUAGAAUGACGUCAACUCCGGCCUUGUUCCUGCCCUUCUCAAGAUGGCGCUGCGGCCGGGAUCAUCGGGAGGCGGCAGUUUCAUGUAUCCUGUUGGAGGGAACUUGGGACCGCCGCAAGGCUUGGUGCCCCUACAGCAGCAGCAGCAACAACAGCCGCAGCAUCAGCAUCAGCAGCAUCAGCAGCAGCAACAGGGUUUCCCAAUGGUUCAGGUCAUGCAACCAAAUAUGCAAGGCAUGAUGGGAAUCAACUUUGGGGGUCAGAUGCCUCCAGGAGCCAUGCCAAUGCAGGCCGGCAUGGCGAUGGGGAUGCAGGCCCCCGGAAUGCCGUUCAUGGGUCGGCCCCAAUUUAUGGGCAUGAGACCUGCCGGCCCACAAUAUACCGCCGACAGGCAGAAGCAAAUGGCCGAGGAGCUUCAGAAGCGUUUGGAGCAGCAGCAGAAGAUGCUGGAGGAGGACAGGAAACGGCGACAGUUUGAGGAGCAGAAGCAGAAGCUCAGGCUGCUCAGUAGCGUCAAACCCAAGAUGGGGGAGAAGAGCCGGGACGAUGCCCUGGAGGCGAUCAAGGGGAACCUGGACGGUUUUAGCAGAGACGCCAAGAUGCACCCCACGCCGUCGUCACAGAGCAAGAAACCAGACCUGACUUCAUCAUCAUCACCAUCUUCAUCCCACUCAUCUGUCGCCACUCCCUCCCUCCUCCCACCUUUGUCCAAGGACGAUGAUGAAUUUAGUGACUUUCAAGGCCCCACCUCUUCCAUCUCCUCCUCCUCCUCUUCUUCCUCUGCAACCUCCUCCCACAGGACCGUCAUGACGGGCUCCCUCGCGACCGUUUUGCCCGAGGAGGACGAGGAGUUUAGUGACUUUGUUCAGGGUCCCGUUGGUUCGGCAGACUCGCGCCUUUCCUCUCAAGUCCUCCCUUCCCUCCCUUCCUCUGUGUCCAUUCCCACUGCCACUCCUUCACACUCUGCCAUCAACAGCAGCUCACAAACUUCAUUUCAAGGCCCGUCCCUGGAAGAGAAGCUUUUCUCCUCUUGCGACCUCACGGCCGGCAAGACGGCGCACUUGACCUUUAAACCCAGGCGGAUUUUGACGGAAAUGAGUCCCAGAGCUAAAGUUUCCGCCCAGUUUCAGAGCAGCAGUAAGUCCAGGAACUGGGCCGCGCCCUCCGGGGACUUAAGUCUCCAGUCGGUCUUCGUCACGGAAAGGCCGCCCGAGUCCGUCGUGUCGGGGCCCGGUGUGGCCCCGACCGCUCCCGAGGCCUCCCGUCCGAGCGGUGGUCACAGCGGGGCCGUUGGUGUGUAUCCACAACAAGAACACAUGCAGUCCAUGCCGCCAGCUUGGCUUUACAACGAUAGCCUCAUCCCGGAGAUGUUCAAAAAAGUUCUGGAAUUCAGUAUGACUCCGGCCGGCAUCGACACGGCCAAGCUGUACCCGCUUCUCAUGUCGUCGGGUCUUCCUCGGGAAGCUUUGGGCCAAAUCUGGGCAUCGGCCAACCGCACGACGCCCGGCAUGCUGACGAAGGAGGAGCUCUACACCGUGCUGGCGCUGAUCGCUGUCGCUCAGAGCGGCCUGCCUGCAAUGAACGUGGAAAUCCUCAGUCAGUUUCCGUCCCCGCCGGUGCCCAACCUGCCGGCCCUGGCUAUGGCCUUAGCCCCCGUCAUGCCCCAGCACCAGCAGCCCAUGAUGACCCACCCGCCAGUGUCCAUGGCCAUGCCCACCCCGACAGUCAUGCCCCCCCCCAUGACUGCGCCACAGGCCCCUCCUGCACCCGCCAACUUCGUUGCAAAUUUCCCUCCGGCCCAGGGGACCAAAGUGGAAGACGACGACUUCCAGGACUUCCAGGAGGCGCCCAAGGCUGGAACCGGUGACCAAGCCUUCGCUGACUUCCAGGGCGAAUCCAGCGCAAAGUUCCCCGCCAGCACGGCGACACAGCAUCAAAACAGCGCACCCGCCAUGUUGACUCCUCUAUCCGGGGCCUCGUCGGCCUCCUCUGAUAAGUACGCCGUCUUCAAGCAACUGUCUGUGGAGCAGCCCUCAGAAGUCACGCUCCCUCCGUCAGAUGGAGGAGACAAGUACAGUGUGUUCAGACACUUAGAAAACACUACAGACAAGAAACCACUAGGCGAGGGGUUUGCCGAUUUCAAGUCUGUCCGAAGUGAUGACGGCUUCACGGACUUUAAAACCGCAGACAGCGUUUCUCCACUAGAGCCUUCGGAGCAGGCCAAGAUCUUCCAGCCUACCUUCCCUUCUGCUUUCCCAAACUCUCAGUCUUUGCAGCAGCAACAACAGCAGCAGCCGCCGCCAGCCGCUUCGAUUUCUCAAGGCAAGAACCCUCUCAACAUGGCAGACCUGGAUCUAUUCUCCACUAUGGCACCCUCCGCUCUGCCCGCCUCCGACACACAAACUGGCACAUUAGCAAAUUCUCUGGUGCCCCCACCGGGCGUCGCCAAGCCGCCCAGCUUUGGGGACUUUGGCCUAUAUGGCGCUUCAUCCUCAGAUGCCGCUCAAGCUCCCGUGGCGGCGCCGCAGGACGACUUUGCCGACUUCAUGGCGUUCGGGAGUUCUGGCGGGGAGCCCAAAAGCGAGAGUAGCCCAGCCGUCCGCAUUGAGAGCGCCUCUCAGCAGAGCUUGGACAAGUACGACGUGUUCAAGCAGCUGUCCUUAGAAGGCGGCGGCAGCAGCGGCGGCGGCCUGGCCUACGACGACGCCAAGGACAGCGGCGACGAUUUUGCCGACUUCCAGUCGUCUAAAUUCUGCACGGCGCUCGGCGCCUCGGAAAAGACCCUGGUGGACAAGGUGGCCGCCUUCAAGGGCAAGGAAGACUGCGCCUCAGUCAAGUCCCUGGACCUCCCGUCCAUCGGGAGCAGCAGCGCCGGGAAGGACGACUCUGAGGACGCGCUGUCGGUGCAGCUGGACAUGAAGCUCACUGACGUGGGCGGGGACUUGAAGCACGUGAUGUCGGACAGCUCGCUGGAUCUCACUGGGCUCUCGUCCCACCAGCCGCCCGCUACAGAGGGAGACGACAUAAAAUUCGACCCGUUUGGGACUUCGGGCCUCAGCAGCCUGGCCAAUUACGACUGGUCGGACCGGGAGGAGUGCGGCACCGGCGACGUCCAGAAGCCGCAGGGCCACGUUGGCGCCACUGCCGCCCCGCCACCUUUCACGCCCGCUCUAAAAGCUGAAGUCAACCCGGAAAGCGUCUCGUCCGCCGAGAUCGCCUCGUCCCUCCAAGCAGAGGAUGACGAAUUCAAAGACUUCGCCGACUUCACCGGCAGCGAACGGCAAGGCGGUGAAGACCAAGACGACUUUGGGGACUUUGCCGGAACCGGUUCAGAGAAGCCCGACUCGCCUCCUGAGACCGGCUUAGAGGCCGGCCUGAGCGACACCGCGGACGACUUUGGCGCCUUCCAGGGAGACAAGCCCAAGUUUGGCAAGUCUGACUUCCUGAAGGCCAGCGCUCAGCCCAAAGUCAAAUCCAGCGAGGAGAUGAUCAAGAACGAGCUGGCCACAUUUGACUUGUCUGUUCAAGGCUCCCACAAGCGCAGUCACAGCUUGGGCGAGAAGGAGAUGUCUCGCCCGCCCGCAUCUCUGCCUCCAGAGCAGCCCUUCCGAGACCGUUCCAGCACCCUCAGCGAGAAGCCCACCUUGCCCAUUAUCCGGGACAAGUACAAGGAUCUGACGGGGGAGGUGGAGGAGAGCGAGCGCUAUGCUUACGAGUGGCAGAGGUGUUUGGAAAGUGCUCUUGAGGUCAUCACCAAAGCCAACAACACGCUGAACAGCAUCAGCAGCUCCUCCGUGUGCACGGAGGUCAUCCAGUCCGCCCAGGGCAUGGAGUAUCUUCUGGGUGUGGUGGAGGUCUACCGCGUAACCAGGCGGGUGGAGCUGGGCGUCAAGGCCACAGCGGUGUGCUCAGAGAAGCUGCAGCAGCUGCUGAAGGACAUCAGCCGUGUGUGGAACAACCUCACCAGCUUCAUGUCGCUUGCCAAGCUCGUGCCCGAUGAAAGCUCUCUGGAUUUCACUUCCUGCAUUCUGCGGCACGGCAUUAAGAACGCCAAGGAGUUGGCGUGCGGCGUGUGCCUGCUCAAUGUGGACUCUCGCAGCAAGAUGAAAGAAGCAAGCACGCUGGGACGUCUUUUUAAACGAGCGUUGACUCCAGAAAGUGUUCGGAAGUCCAUGGCGUUCAACUCGGAGACGGACAACUUCAAGCUCGUGUACGGCGGGCACCAGUAUCACGCCAGCUGCGCCAACUUCUGGAUCAACUGCGUGGAGCCCAAACCGCCGGGUCUCAUCUUGCCCGACCUGCUUUGAGUGACCAACUUUCACAUUUUUGUUAAUUUAUUCAUGUAGUCACGUCCACUGGCGGCCAUUUUACUCUUUGUGACUGGAUCCUGUCAAAAGCUUGAAGUUAAAAAAAAAAUAAAAUCAUUUGGUGAUCUAACGCCCCAUUUCAACCCCUUACACUGAGUGCCAAGCGGGGAAAAAAGGGGUCCCAUUUUUAUAGUCUUUGGUAUGACCCGGCUGGGGUUUGAACCCACAACCUUCCAGUCUCAGGGCGGACACUACCACUAGCCCACUGAUCUGGUAACUGGAAUGUAACAAAACAGAUGCUGACUUGAAUGUGUUCUUCUUUUAAAUGUCACUUUCCAUGUUUUUAAAUUCUUCUUGGCUGGAAGACACAUUUAUUUUUGCUUUUUCGUUUUGAAUGUCUCCCUGGGUAUUUAGCUGGUGUACAUUUUAGCUAAUCGGAGGAUGGGAUUUAUUUGGGCAUGUAAUUUAUUUGAGUUAUGUGAAUGUAAAUAAACAAGUGCAGCAGUUUGAA